GCGCCUCGGAGGCCCGCGCUCGUCGCUCCCUCCAUUGCCGCUGGGAAAUGGCGGAGGAAGAGCGCAGCUUCCUGACCGUCUCCGGGCAGCGCAUCACGUUGCAGCGCCGCCAGCACAGCGCCGCCUGCCGGGAGUUCCAGGUGCGCUGCCCGCGGCUCCAGCUGCGCUCCCUCAGCGCCGCCACGUGCUCUGUGUGGCUCGCGGCCUACGGGCUCUUCGUCCUCACCGAGAACAGUGUAGUCCUCUCCGCUGCCAUAUUUGUCACACUGAUCGGUCUGCUUGUCUACUUGCACUUCGUGAAGAUCGACCAGGAGUCCCUGCUGAUCAUUGGUUCUCUUGGGAUACAGAUGACAUCAUCUUAUGCGUCUGGCAAAGAGAGUACGGCGUUUAUAGAAAUGAGCCAGAUAAAAGAUGUGGUCAUCAACGAAGCCAUCUAUAUGCAAAAGGUUAUCUAUUACUUGUGCAUUCUUCUCCAAGACCCUGUGGAACCUCAUGUUGUUUCUGAGGUGGUACCACUUUUUCAGAGCUCCAAGCCACGCUUAGACUGCCUUGUAGAAGUGUAUAAAAGCUGCCAGGAGAUCUUGGAGCAGAAGAAGAAAUCUUGACACCAGUGUUUAACGCUAAAUAUUUAUUGAGGCAGAAUGUUUGCUGUAAUGCCAACUCUAAGAAAUACUUGUGAAGGCAUUGAAAAACAAGCAUGUUAAUGAACUUGGAUAACUAGAUGGUACAGUAUUCUGAAGAAUCCUUGGGAAGGAUUGAAUGCACAACCUUGAAAUGUUAAGAGAAAAACACGUUCCCAAGUUCUUCUUUUGUCAACAUGAUGAUGGUGUAAGAAACUCAAUGAAAAUCUUUUCUGUCAAAAAUUAACUUUCUGUGACUGGAAACCUACAAGGAAAGUUUUGCAGAAAUGUUCUGGAAGCAAGAAACUGACUCUUUUUUAAUAGAAACACUGUUCAGUUUCAUUUUUUGAAGCCAACUUAUUUUUGCUUAUGAGAUGUACUUAUGUUCAUGUGGUGUACCUGCUUACACACUCAGGUUUGUCAUUAGAUUUGUCAUUUUUAUUACUUGAUUCAAAUGUCUGUAAAUAAAGAUUUCUCUAAAGCAUG